CAAAUACCCCCCGCUCUCCCGUUCCUCCUCUUAUCAUCGGUGUGCGCUCCCAUCUGAACUGAAGCCUCUUGCCAUCUCCCCCAGCCGAGUGAGUGAUCUCUCCUCUCCAUCUCUUAGCCGCCAAAGCAGAAGUCGUCGUUGUGAGGCUUACAGCUAGCUGCAUGCGCUCGCGUGUGUAGAAGAUAGCAGCCACCACCAUCACCAGACACCAGCAAAAACAAGAGAAAAAUUCCACCGGCGAAACACGGAACAAAACCGAGACGCGCGUUAGAGUCUACCAAGCUUAUCUCCCCAACCCCACCCCGCCGCGCAGCCCAGCCUCUCGUUCGUUUCCACAGCUUCUCCCGUCAAACCGCGCACAUCCGCCUAUAUAUCGCGCGCGCGUGUGAUCUCCCGGUUUUUGUUUGGUUUUGCUCCCCGUUCUCCCGUUGCCGUCCCACGAGGUAAAAACUAAACCAAAUACAUAUAUAAAAAAAACGCGGUGCUGCGACGAGGACAACGUAGCGGCUAGCGCCAUCACUCGUGGUGUUACUGCUUUGCCACUGUACUGUGUACUGUGGUGUGUGUGUGGGGGGUUGUGACUUGUGUGACGCUACCUGCGACAAGAGGACCAAGGGAGACAUGGCAGUGACAGUGUUCGAGACCGCCGAGCAGCGACUGCCGUGCCACGCCGCCGCUGCCGAGCUGGGCGCCGACGGCGGGAAGAAGGUGGCGGUGGAUGAUGAUGCGAGCGGCGGCGGGCCCGGGCAGGCCGUGCUGCUGCUGCAGGAGACCGAUCACGGCGGCGACGACGACGACCGGCCGGAGAGGGACGACGUGUGGAACAUGAUCCAGUCGCAGAGGCCGCCGGUGGCGGCGGGGAAGCAGCAGCAGGCGGCGGCGCCGUACGUGCACCCGCUCGUGCGGAGGUCGUCGAGCCUGCUCAGCCAGAAGAGCCUGGAGAUUUGCACCGAGAGCCUCGGCUCCGAGACCGGCUCCGACGGCUUCUCCGACGCCGAUGGGUCCACCGACCGCUCGUGCCCCGCGUCGGACGAUGACUCCGACGGGGGCGCGGAGGAGGUGGCCGCGCGCGCCAGCCCGCCACGCGCGUUCCCGCCGCCGCUGCCGUCGCUGGCGCGGCGCACGGUGGGGGCGGUGCAGAUGACGCAGGACCGCCGCGACGGCCGCCUCGUCGUCAAGGCCGUCCCCGUGCCGUCCGCCACGCUGUUCCGCGCGCAGCGCUGCGGCGGGCGCCUGCUCCUCUCCUUCGCCGACACCGCCGCUCCCUCCUCGGACGAGGACGACGAGAACAAUGACCAAGAAGAACCCGAGCAGCAGGCCGACGAGGUCGCGCACGACGAGGAGGAGGAGGAGGACGACGAGGAUGACGAGGAGGAGGUCGAGGUCGUGGACAGGGGCACCAUCGUCGAGGUCAAGGUCAGCACGCAGCCGCAGGCGCGCAGCAACGGCGGCGGCAGUGUUGGGCCGCGGGUGCACCGCUCCUCGCUCGUCAUCAACAAGUUCGUCAACGCCGAGCCGGCCAUCGCCGCCUCCGACAUCAGCGACACCGCCGCCACCGCACCCAAUCCCCCGAGACGCCCGACCGGGUCCACCACCACGGCGGCCGCAGCUCUCGUCGCAGCCUCAUCUCUGAGCGCGACCUCGGCUCCGUCGGGCAGUGACAACCCCGGCGGCGAGAGCAAGCUGCUGAUGACGACCUGCCGGCGCCGGCGGAGCAAGGAGGAGCUCAUGAACCACAUGCGCCGAUGCGGGCAGCUCAGCGGCAAGCUCUUCAUAUGGGAGCCACGCAUCGCCACCUCCUCCUGAGCCGACGAGCCUCGCCGCCGCCUCCUCUGCUCGCUUGUGCCACGAGUGCUCUGCUCUGCUCUGUUUGUUCGUAGCCGUUGUAACGUAAACGUGCGUAAUAUUUGUGUUAGUAGCAAGGUGAUCGCCACGUGAUUGGCUUAGCCCUCUUGUCUGUGUCUCCUUCCGUGAGUGAGAGGGAGGGAGCUAGAUUUGCUUUCGUUUAUCUCCAUCCGUCCCCGUGUCUCGUUGCAUGCUGUAUCUACUACGAAUUUGCAUGCAUUGCGUACCAGUGGUUGCUGCUCGCUAAUUGAUUUUAGAUUGUGCCAUGUGUCUGAUCCGAUUACGAUGUGUAGUAAUAAUGUUAUGGCACAAGUUAUGGAUAAUGCUGGUUCAUCA